AUGGCAUCUCUUGACUCAAAGGGCGACGUCGCUUCGGAGCAAAGACAUGCUUCAUUGGCAGUGGUAAAUACAAUCGACGAGAAAGACUCUAGUGACCAAAGAAUCAGCGACAAAGAGAUGGGUUCAAGCGUGGAAACUCCGACCUCGCAAGACGCCGAGCUUGAUAACUCGGAAUAUCCCACGGGUUCUCGUCUCGUCGCCAUCAUCACUGCGCUUGCGCUCGCCAUCUUUCUCGUCUCCCUCGAUCUGACAAUUGUCGCGACUGCAAUCCCCAAAAUCACUGACCAGUUCAACGGGCUCUCGGAUAUUGCCUGGUACAGCUCCGCCUUCUUCAUGACCAUGGGCGGCUUUCAGAGCGCCUGGGGCAAAAUCUAUAAAUACUUUCCACUAAAAACUAGCUACCUCAUCGCCAUCUUCAUAUUUGAGCUUGGAUCUUUGAUUUGUGCUGUUGCGCCGAGCAGCACUGCCCUCAUCGUCGGGCGUGCGUUUGCGGGCGUGGGCGCUGCAGGCAUUGGCUCUGGUUCGUAUACCAUCAUCGGAUUCUCUGCGUCGCCAAAAAACCGGCCGAUGUUCACUGGGAUCGUUGGAACGAGCUACGGCGUUGCGGCAGCUGUUGGGCCCCUGAUCGGAGGCGCAUUCUCAGAUAAGGUAUCAUGGCGAUGGUGCUUCUACAUCAACCUACCCAUUGGUGCAAUAUCCGCGUUCAUCAUUUUAGUCUUCAUCAAGGCCCCCAGCACUGCAAAGCCACAGGUGGCAACCCUGCGCGAGAAGCUCCUCCAUAUGGACCCCGUAGGCGCCGCUCUCGUGAUCGCCUUCGUGGUAUGCUAUCUCCUCGCCGCACAGGACGGUGGUACCAAGUUUCCCUGGGACUCUGCACACGAGAUAGGCCUCUUGGUUGGCAGUGCGGUAAUCGUGGGCUCAUUUAUACUAUGGGAAUGGUUCCAGAAAGCCACAGCUAUGUUUUCGUUCCGCCUUGCGAAGCAGAGAGUUUACAUAGUCGAAUCAGUCCUUUCAUUCUUCUACUCUGGCGCGUACUACUUGGUUCUAUAUUACCUACCAAUAUACUUCCAGAGUAUUGACAACGCGAGUGCCCAGUCAAGUGGUGUUAGAAACCUGCCCCUCAUCGUCGCUGUUGUCAUCUCCAUGCUUUGCAGCGGUGCUUACAUCUCUGCCACUGGUAUUGCGGCGCCGAUUAUCGUUGCGGGGACUGACCUGUCGACGAUAUGUACAGCUCCGGCCAUAGAUCUCGCAGAAGUGACAGCCAUGCUGUUAUUUCUUCAGACGCUUGGUGGUGCAGGGAUGGUUUCUGCUGCCCAAGCUGGCUUUGUUAACGUCAUGAUCAACAAUCUUCCCAAGACAGCACAGGGAGUCAAUGCGGCCCUCGUGGUGAGCACCGGCGCGACGGAUUUGCGAAAAGUGUUUUCGGAGGACCAAAUUCCUGGGAUUUUGGUAGCCUACAUGCAGGGUCUCAAAGCCGCGUUUGCGAUUGGCAUUGCGUCGUCAGGGAUUGCUUUUAUUACCAUUGUAUUGUUCCAGCGAUGGAACAAGUUGAAUACAGCGGCUAUUGCCAGUGGAGGUGCAGCUUGAGAGGAUGAACAGUCAUGGUCCAACAGU